AUGUGUCUUGGGGUGUUUCACCUUGGGUUUAUUCCUGUUUGGGACUCUCUGGUUUUGGACUUGGGUGGCUAUUUUUUUUCUCAUUUUAGGGAAGUUUUCAACUAUUAUCUCCUCAAGUAUUUUCAAAUACCCUUUCUUUUUGUCUUCUUCUUCUGGGACUCCUAUGAUUUGAAUGUUGGGAUGUUUAGCAUUGUCUCAGAGGUCUCUGAGGUUGUCCUCAUUUCAAUUCUUUUUCUCUUUUCCUCGCUGCUACAUUUAUUUCCACGAUUCUACCUUCCACCUCACUUAUCUUAUCUUCUGCCUCAGUUAUUCUACUGUUGGUUCCCUCCAGAGUGCUUUUGA